GUUUUAGUUUCAGAGCUGCGAACACAAAGGAGGCUCAGGCUGAUUAGAUUGUCUCUUAAUCACUUAAUCCCAUUUGUCCCAUAGUUGUUGGAUCAUUUCCAUCUAAAGUCAAGCUCGCAGGUGUCAGCAAGAGAGAAACCGGAAGUGAGCUGUUUUGCCUUUGUGUUGAGCCUCAGAGCGGCUCUCCAUGAUGAGCAUCACUCGGCUGGAGACCUGAGCAGUGUUCGGGUCUGGAGAGAAGAAGAUGCCUCAUGGACCGCUCCAUCACCGCCGCCAGUGCGCAAAGUCAGGGCAUCCCAGCCUCAGAAUAACGCAGAAAUGCCGAGGUUUAGCGCCAGAUGGGUGGUGUUGCUGGUGCUGAUUCUCCUGGUCGGUGCUUUCUUCUACUGCGAGUAUCUCAUCUACUUCCCCACCAUACUCAAGUGUGCCUGGCCGAAGAUCAGCCAUGCUCGAGGCGGUGGAGAGGGCAUCGACGGCCGGCCGCUGGACUCCACAUCUGUCCGCGCCAUGGUGCUGUCUGACACCCACCUCCUGGGAGCCGUGGGGGGACACUGGUUUGACAAGCUGAGGAGGGAAUGGCAGAUGGAGAGGGCUUUCCAGACCGCUUUGUGGCUGCUCAAGCCCGAAAUAGUGUUUAUUCUCGGGGAUAUUUUCGACGAAGGCAAGUGGAGCUCGCAGAAGCACUGGGAGGACGACGUGCGGCGCUUCCAUAGGAUGUUCAGACACUCGGCUGAAACAGAACUGGUUGUGCUGGUUGGAAAUCACGACAUCGGCUUCCAUUAUGAGAUGGACUGGUUCAAGCUGCAGCGCUUCGAGAAGGUCUUCAACGCCUCCUCCACCAGGAUCGUCACCAAAAAGGGAGUCAACUUCCUGCUGGUGAACAGCGUGGCGCUGCACGGCGACGGGUGUCCCAUCUGCCAGUCUGUGGAGAAGGAGCUGAUCAAACUCUCCAGAGACCUCAACUGUUCUCUUCAGAACUCGGGCAGCUGUGAGGGAUCGCAGACGUACCCGCCCACCCCCCCCAUCAUGUUGCAGCACUACCCUCUGUUCAGAGUGAGCGAUGCCGGCUGCACGGGGCAGGACGCGGCUCCUCCUGAAGAGCGCCACCUGCUGUUCAGAGAGAAGUACGACGUGUUGUCUAAAGAGGCGUCCCAGAGGCUGCUGCAGUGGUUCAAGCCUCGCCUCAUCCUCAGUGGACACACACACAGCGGAUGUGAGGUUCUCCAUGACAACAAGUACCCUGAAAUCAGCGUGCCGUCCUUCAGCUGGAGGAACAGAAACAACCCCAGUUUCAUCCUGGCCUCGGUGUCCCCCGGCAGCUUCGCCAUGUCCAAGUGUUUCCUCCCGGAGGAGAGCACGGUGAUCGGGGUGUACUGCUCGGCCGGCGGCUGCCUGCUGCUGCUGCUCCUCGCCCACUGUGUGUGGAUGAAGGGCCUGCUGCAGUGCCUCAGCCUGCUGGGGAAGCACAAGUCUCUGUGAACUACAUUUCCCAGAGUGCACCAGGAGAGCUCACUGGACUUAAAUGUGAAGUUCCUCUACAAAGCUGUUUGUCCAAAUGUUUUACGGCACUGUGAAGGACACUUAUAUAUGUUUUAAAUGUCUUAAAAAGACGUGUGAUAUUUAUGAGAAAGCAGAUGAUUUUUGUGCCAAAUUGUUGUUAAAAAUCAUAUAGUGUUGGUUUUAUAUUCCUUGGGAGUGCCAAACGGGUAGAGAUUAUUGUAGCACAAGAAGCACAGAAAAGUAAAAUAUUGACUUUACAGUUAAACUGUGAGUAUAAGGAAGCACAAAUGUGCCAUAAAGUAAGAACAAAAGGAACACAAAGUACAUGUGUAAAUGCUCACGGUCUGAUUUCAGGUGGUAAAGUCAGUUUUUGUCUCUUCACUUUAAUGUAAAAGCACAUCUCACCUUUCCUCUCUGUCGUCUGAUGAUCUCCUCCCAGGUUCCUCGUUGUUUUUACUAUGAAGCAUAUCUGAAAAUAUUUAUUGCUGACUUUCUGUGCCAAAUGUUUGUGAAGGUUUUUGCCAAAUUUGUUGAAACUGUAAAUAACAAAUGAGAAUCUUAAGGUCUGUUUUUAGCGAUGUAAUCUAUCACCUGAAGCCAUGUCACUUUAUGGAAGAGAGAUUAUUUUGAGAUGUUCUACACCAGCUGAUGGAUGUGAUUGAAACACAAACCUGUAUUUGUAACGCCAAAUCAUGUGAAAUGAGAAAAAUAUUAAAAUAUUAUUGGGCAAAUGUCCCUGAUAUUGAGAUAUGA